AUGUUAAUUCUAAGGACUUUAGGACUUGAGAAAAGAAAUACUUGUGUAUAUGCUGUAUAUAAAGCUUAUCAGUUGAGUAAAAAUUUUGGAAACUGUCAACUAUUCGAUGCUUAUGAUGGAUUAAAAUUUCUUAUAUCAAAUAAUCCAUUGAAUAUCAAAGAGUUUGUUAUUAAAAAUGAAGAUUUGAGCACUGAUUUUAAAAUUAUUUCAAAAACUGCUCUGUAA